CGAGCUCUCAGCUGCUCGCAGUCCUGCUGAGUCCUGCGCUGGCCACGCCGAACUGGCGGCUGCAACUGCGAGAAACCUUUGUGAUUUUUGUUUUUUGUUUUUUCUGCCUUCCCCUUUGUUGAAGAUGACCUAAACUUCGACAGAGCCUCUGCUGGCCAGACACCCUCCUACCUCCACCACCACCAUCUUCAGCACUUGAGGGCUGCUUUGCAGAUGGGAGGUCACGAACCGGUUGCCUGUUUUGCUCAAAUGCACACAAAUCUGCCCUCCACCCUCAUCUAAGAUGGCUGCCCGUGGCCUUCUUCUGCACCCAAACAGAUUGGAGCAGAGCUGCGUGCUACCAUGGUGAUCAUUUUAUCGAAAACACUGGAAAAGAAGAAGGGUGUCAAUGAUGUAAGGUCCAAGCACACCGAGAGACGGCUGCGUGAGCUCCACACCAUGAGCAGAGGGACCACCCUCUUCUCCUGUGGAACUGUGGAGGCAGAUAGGUGGCUGGACCUGGGACGGAGCUGUGCCAUCCAGCAGAGAGCUCCCUGCCAGUCUGGUGCCACCCUGGAGAGCCUGUGGGAUGUGAUGCCUGAGCCGGGGAGCGGGCACUGGGCCAAGGAGCCAGGCAGCGCCACGGCAAUCACCAGUCUGAUAAGAGAUCUCAGCCUCAGCAACAGCAGCAUGACCAGCCCUGACUCCCAGAGCACAUCCACCACUGCACACUACACCACUACAGCCACCAGCCAAGCUCCCACGGCACCCCCGAGCAAACGCCAGUGUCGCUCCCUGUCGUUCUCUGAUGAAUUCAGCGGGUUCCGCUCAUCUUGGAGGCCACAGGGCUCCCGAGUGUGGACAACAGUGGAGAAACGAAGGUGCCACAGUGGGGGAAGUGUUCGAGGAGGAGGGGGUUUCUCUGGUGGUCAUUUUCCCAUCAUGCAGCGUAGCUCCAGCUUCAGUUUGCCCUCGCGUUCCAGCGUCCCUUCAGACGGAGCCCUGGAUCUACCGUUCUUCAACCAGCGACUGCCUCUCCACCCUCAGUUCACUGCCUCUCCAGUCUCCCCUACCUCUCCUUCCUCGCAUCAUCACCACUCCCGCCAUCACCACUUCCUCAGGCCUCUCUCCCUAUCCCACGAGCAGAUCAGCCUGCCAGAGCUUCAGAGGGAAGAAGCGUCGGAGGCCAGCUCUCCAGACUCCACCCCAGAACUGGGAAGGCGAGCUGGCCAGAGAGCCGGGGGCACGGGAUGUCUGUCUCGGAGCAGGUCCCAGCCCUGCGUGCUAAAUGACAAAAAGAUUGGUAUGAAGCGCAGGAGACCAGAGGAUGCCCAGGAGCAGCGGCCCUCCCUGGACCUGGCAAAGAUGACUCAGAAACUUCAGACUUUUCAGAGCUUGAGCUGCCCCGGAUUCACAGCCACUGACAGCUGCCAAUCAAGUCUACCACUGCCCUCCCCCGAGACCUCCAGCCAACCAGAUUCAGACUUCACCGCUGUGUCCGAGCUCGGACUGGAGUCACGGCAGGAAGUUGCGGGAGAUGAGGAGGAAGAGGAUUCAUCCUAUGGAGAGCUCGAUAGUGAUUCGGCAUGUAGCGUGGACUCGCGGCCCGGGUCUCCCAUCGGCAUCAUGGGCGGUAAACGCACCCUCUGGAAGGGUGAUUGUGGGACACAGAGGGACAUUUUUCAGCUGGGGGGAGAGCUUGAUCUUGACCAGAUUGAACGAAACUGAACAUUUUAAAAGACUGUGUCUGGACUGUUGUAGAAGGUAAUUGGACGUUGAUGAUGUACCAAAAGAUGGCUACUAAGAAGUAUGUGAGGAAGAGAAGGGAGGAGUUUUUUUGAAAGUGAGAAAUGAAAGAAAGACAAAGAAAGUGAUAAAGAUGAUGAAAGAUUAAGUAUGUUGUUAACAGCUGGCUUCUUAAUGACACAUAUGCCUUGAACAUUCUUACUGUUUGAAUCAAAAAGCAGUGACCUUAGUUGUUUUUUUUUGUUUUGUUUUUUUUUGGGGGGGGGUAUUCAGCUUAACUCAGGAGUGGGAAAGUGAGGGUUAGUCUUAAGAAAACUUCCCAGCCCCCACUGUCUUCUCAACCUGAUGACCUUUCCAAAGUCGGUUACUUUAGGUUUGUCGUACUGUAGCAGUAGCUGGGCUCUCCUGUAUUUAGCUCGAGUUUGUUUUCCAGAGAAAGUGGGGGCGUCAAGGAUGGGGUGAAAAAGGGAGGGGUAAACACGAUGAAGAAAUAUCUUCUCACAGACUUACCCUUGACUUUCCUCAUCCUCUUCAUCUUUUGUGCACACAUGAAAAUCAGAUUUUUUUUUUUUUUUUUUGCUGAAUGUAGGCUCAAUAAGCUUUAUGAGGAGUUCGGAAAUUGACAGUGCCUUCUUUUGGAUGCUUGCUCUCCCAGUUCUCUUCAAGAAACUGGCCUCAAUCGAAGCCACCAUUUCUGACCUUUUUUGUAGUUUCUUCAUAUGCAAAUUGUAUAUUUGAAUUAAACACUGAAUCUCAAGUUUUCAGUUCUAAUAUCAAUGUAUAUUUUUCUAAGUAACUGUUUUUUAUGAGCUGUUUGUGAAGGAGCAAGAAUACAAGGUCUUUCUUCUAACAGAAUGGACAUGAAAUAAAUUUACAAC